AAGUCCGUUCAGUUGGUGCAGCACGGGCCUAGAACGCGCUGCUCUUAGCUCCAGUCUCGUCGCAAUAACACACCUAAUUUGUUUAUAUAUUUUUAUUUGAGUGCUUAAACUAUACACUAUAUAUCCAAGUGAUCCUCGUGUAAAAUGAGCUAACAACUGCCGCUGAAAUGCACACUUUCGGCCUGUUGUGUCUGAGCCUUUUGGGCCUGGUCGAUGGCCUGGGUUAUGGCCAUCAGCCGCUGCUGCGAAACAUCAUUAAAGUGCGGGCCAGCGGCUUUAUGCCCUUCGAAUCGGAUUUACUACUGCCGCUGAACAUCCUGCGGCAAUUGCAGUCGCAGGAUCGAUCGUCGCGAUAUAUGGGCCAGCGACCCAAGCCCUGGAUGAGGCCAAAGGUCAAGCAGCAAAUCAGGUUGGAGCGAGCCCAUCCACUGAGGGAGGCCAAGGGCGUUCAGCUAUACAAUCUCAUCGAUGACGAUGGCGAGCUACUGCUGAAUCUCAAGGUCCAUCACGAUCAAAAGGGCAGUCUGCCGACAAAAUAUCAGGAGGAGGAGGGAAAGUACCAAGUGCCACAGAAAUUCCAGGACUACGAUUCACCUUGGCUGCCCUCCAAAUGGAGACCCACCAGUGAGUUUCCCCUGGGCGUGACCUCCUCGUCGCCACGCCCACUGCCCCUGCAUCAAUAUCUGGGCCAAAACAAUCGCAUCGAACAGAAUGCGGCGAAAAGAAGGCGGCAGGACAUUUGGCCACAUAAAUAGAAAGCUAAAAAACAAUUCCAAAAAAGAGAUCUAAUGUUAACCAUAAAUUAUUUAUUUAAUUGUUUAUAUUACAACAACACAGCACCGAGUUAGAUUUACACAGAGAAAAAUUAAUUAUUCAUUUAUGGGCACGAUAUUAGGCAUAAAGGAUACAUUCAAACUUAUUUUUUUAAAACUUUAAAAAUUUAAAAAUAUAAAGAAAAGUCAAAAUUUGACUUAAUAUCGCCUUCAAAAUCAGGUUAUAUUUUUCUCUGUGUACCAAAAACCGCAAUGAACCU